AUGCAGACUCUGCAGCGUUGCCAGGGCCUCAGUGCAACGGGCCGCACUGGCGGUCUCGUGCCUGUGGUCGCUCCUGCCCAUAGGGGCUUGUCUCAGCGUGGUCUUCAGGCCGCGGCCGUCGCGAGUGCUGUUACCAACUCUACGACCAAGCUACCAGCUUCGCACCUAGAGAGUAGCAAGAAAGCACUGGAGCAGCUGAAACAGCAGGCCGUCAAUCGCUAUGCAGGUGACAAGAAGAGUAGCAUUAUCGCUAUCGGACUGACCAUCCACAAUGCGCCGGUUGAGCUUCGCGAGAAGCUCGCUGUUCCGGAGGCAGAAUGGCCACGCGCAAUUGAGGAGCUGUGCCAGUUCCCGCACAUCGAGGAAGCAGCCGUCCUGUCGACCUGCAACCGCAUGGAACUUUACGUGGUUGGUCUGUCAUGGCACCGGGGCGUUCGCGAGGUGGAGGAGUGGCUAUCGCGGACUAGCGGAGUCCCGUUGGAGGAGCUCCGUCCCUAUCUGUUCCUGCUGCGGGACCGCGAUGCCACGCAUCACCUGAUGCGAGUAUCCGGCGGCCUGGAUUCAUUGGUUAUGGGCGAGGGUCAGAUUCUAGCGCAGGUCCGCCAAGUCUACAAGGUUGGGCAAAACUGCCCUGGCUUUGGGCGCCACCUAAAUGGUCUCUUUAAGCAGGCGAUCACCGCGGGCAAGCGUGUGCGCGCUGAAACCUCUAUCAGCACGGGCAGCGUCUCGGUCAGCAGUGCCGCCGUUGAGCUGGCGCAGCUCAAGCUCCCGACCCACAACUGGGCUGACGCCAAGGUCUGCAUCAUCGGCGCUGGCAAGAUGUCUACGCUGCUAGUGAAGCAUUUGCAGUCGAAAGGCUGCAAGGAGGUCACGGUCCUGAACCGCAGCUUGCCACGCGCCCAGGCGCUCGAGGAGGAGUUCCCCGAGGUUAAGUUCAACAUCCACCUCAUGAACGAUCUCAUGGCUUGUGUGGAGGCGUCCGAUGUCAUUUUUGCAGCGUCAGGAAGCGAGGAGCUCCUUAUCGUUAAGGACGAUGUUGCCAAGAUGGCCCCCCCCAGCGAAAUUGUUGGCUCCAAGCGCCGCUUCGUCGAUAUUUCCGUCCCACGUAAUAUCGCCCCCCAAAUCAAUGAGCUGGAGCACGCGAUUGUGUACAAUGUGGACGACCUGAAGGAGGUGGUCGCGGCUAACAAGGAGGGUCGCGCGCAGGCGGCUGCGGAGGCGGAGGUUCUGAUCCGGGAGGAGCAGCGCGCCUUUGAGGCCUGGCGCGAUUCCCUGGAGACGGUGCCCACCAUCAAGGCGCUGCGCAGUAAGGCAGAGGCGAUUCGGGCAGCGGAGUUUGAAAAGGCGGUCAGCCGGCUUGGAGACGGUCUGAGCAAGAAGCAGCUCAAGGCGGUUGAGGAGCUCAGCAAGGGCAUUGUCAACAAGCUGCUGCACGGGCCUAUGACGGCGCUGCGUUGUGACGGCACGGAUCCGGAGGCUGUGGGUCAAACCCUCUCGAACAUGGAGGCCCUGGAGCGCAUGUUCCAGCUCUCCCAAGUGGACGUGACGGCCAUGGCGGGCAAGCAGUAAGGGGUGGGAAGUGAAGGCAGAGGAGGAGGAUAGGAAGCAAAGAAGUUCUCUCUAGGGCGGUGUUGGGGAGCAGUAACACGUAGAGGCCUCAUGCUAUCCCUCCAGUUCUGGCCCUGCGGUGCUGCAGCUGUUGCUGAGCUAUGCUUGUGCUGAGUUAUCCGUUUGACUUUGCGGUGAAGGACCAUCUGUUAUUGUAGGCCUUACAAAGAAGCGUUGGCCAGGUGCCGCUGGGUGAACGGUCACCCCGUCCUUGAGGAUGAGAUGCGAUGUCGCAGGUGCUGGUUCGCGUGUGAGCG